AGGGGUGAAUUGAUUCGAUUAAACAUUCAGGAUCAAUGCGAGGAAUAAGAAUUUUUUGAAGGGGUUUAUCAAAAUUAACCCUAUUAUUAUUAUUAUUAUUUUAGGAUGUGGAGCCUCUAGUGACAUACAACACAGUACUAUACAGACACUAGUAUAACAAAUUGCAAAUACUAAUAUAGCGAAUGUGAAUACCAAUACUCGUUUGUCUGAUAGUGGUUCUGUCCCUGUCAGUUCCUCAGUUCAGUUGAACUUGCGAAGUUUAGCAAUUUCACAGGUACGUCAUUCUUUAACCACACUAUCUAAGAACUGAUUUAGCUGCAUUAAUUGGCCACAUCGAGUAGCUCUAGAAAAGGUGGUCCCAGUUAAAUUACUUCUAAAGUCUCUCAAGAACCAAUGUAUUGUUGUAUGACACACCAAGAUCAUGAUUCUAGAUUUUCCCAUUUCCUAUCGUAAUCUUGUUUUCAAUCAACUUAAUUCAAGCAAAUUAUGUUUUGGAAAGUAAUCCAAUGAAGAUGAGCUACCUCGUUGGAUAUAGCAGUGACUACCCCAAGUAUGUACAUCACAGGGGAGCUUCAAUUCCGGCAGAUGCUAAUACAGGUUGCAAUGAUGGGUUCAAGUGGCUUCGUUCACCAACUCCAAAUCCAAACAUGGCAACUGGAGCUCUUGUUGGUGGACCAUUUCUCAAUGACAGCUAUAUUGAUUCCCGAAACAAUUCUAUCCAAGUAGAACCAACCACUUAUAACAGAGCCUUCAUUGUUGGUCUUCUGUCUGGCCUUCUCACCGCAUCUCCAAAACUUCCGUCUUUCACAUAGGAGAAUACCAGUCUUGUGACUCUUGUCUAUAAACUGUGCAGUAACAUGUAAAUGUGAAAGACGAGAUUGAAGAGUACAUGAACUGUACAGAUACACCAGCAUAAUCAUAUAUUACCUAGAAUCUUGCAUAUUUGCUACUGAAUUUUUUCUCUGAUGCGGUGAUGCCCAUAUUAUAUCAGAAACCUCUUUUCCGACUUGCCUGUCAAGAUUAAAGAUUUGAUUGCUGAUGAUGAUGGUGCUUAGAUGUGCCAAUUUGGCGGCAGUACAAGGAUAGCCUAAAUGAGGUGUCACCAAAUAAUGAACAAUUUGCACAGUC